GUUGCAUCAGUAGCAGUGCAGCUAGCGAGGGGAUAUCGAGUGUGUAGUUGCAAAAAAUAGUUUGAAAUAGGUCAUUUUAAUAAUUGAAGUUCUAUACUUUAAAUCAUUCUUUGAGACAAAGUUUUUAGUAAACAUAUAAAUUUUAAACGUCGAUAUUAAUCAUGAAUGUAAAACCUAAAUGGAUACGACCACCGGGACCAUUGAAUAUAUGGAAAGUUGUUGAUGGUUAUGAAACAUUAGAUGAUGGAACAAAAAAAGCUGCAAAAUUUUCAAUACAAGACGUUCCAAACGAUGACAAGAGGCGACAGGAAGUACUUGAUCUGAUGUGUACACAUUUUCUAGCCGAAGAACCAUGCUGUAAAUCGUUAGAAAUCAAGGACACUGAUCCAGAUGCCAAACAACAUUAUCUAACUUUAUGGAACUACUCACUCGACCAAGGCAUUACUAUAGCAUGUUACAUACUUGAUUCUAAUGGUGAAAUUCAUAAAUUGGUCGGCGCUAAUACACUCUGCAUGAAAACUCCAGAAACUGAAAAAGAUUUUGAUGAAAUGAAGAAAUCUUUCAAAUCACCAGCUUUCAAUAAAAUUUGGGAUACUUUUGAGGAUUUAUCACGCAGAGCUGAUGUUUAUAAAGCUUUGAACGUUGAUAAAUACAUCGCGUCGAUAAGCCUUAGCAUUUUACCUGCUUUUCGAGGUCAAAAAUUAGGACUUCAUAUUUUGGAUGCGAGGUCACCUAUGGCUAAGAAAUACGGCUUUAAAGCCACAGCAACGUUUUUCUCCGCUGAGGCUUCACAAAUUCAAGCGGAGCGGGUCGGCUUUGAAGAUGGGGUUUCAGUCGAGUUUGCGGAUAUUUUGGAUAACGAAGGCAAUCCAAAAUUUCCCAACAUUGAUUCGAAAUAUGCUAAAAUAAUGAUGAAGAGACUUCCUUAAGAGUUAUCAAUAGAAAAGUAUUUACGCAAGUUCUGACACAGGAUAAAUACACAAAUAAAAGUUGUAGAAAACAAAAUACACAUUUGUAUGUAAAAUAAAUAUUAUCGAACCUGAAUGCGAUAUUUGGCGUCAUACAUUUUAGCAUCUUGCUUUUACUCCUGAAAUUGGCAGUCCCCCGAUAAACUUGAAAGUAUAUCUAGUUGUAUAAAAUGAGUUGCGCAGUCUUAUCAAAAUUCUGAAUUACAAUUAUUUAUAUUAUAAACACUCAUUAUUGUUAUGGUUACUUCAUUUCAAUGAGAAAUAACAUGUAUCGCUUACAUUCACGAGUGAAUAUUGUAAUAGUUAAAGGUUCAAAAAUGAUUUUAGAUAAGGCGAAACAUAUUUUUAUUUAAGCAAUGUGAAUAUAAUAGUAUAUUACUAUUAUUUAUACUAACGUAAUGUACUAUUAUUUCCAUUCUAACGUAAAUGUAAAUUCAUUUUGCACAGUAAAAUAUUUUAGCAAUAACUUAUUGAAAUGGAAAAUAAUUCAACGUUCAAAGCAAAUUCCGAAUUUUGUAUCGAUUAGUAUGAUGGUGUUUGAUACUUUAUGAUUUAUUAUAUUUCGUUACUAUUUUGUUCAUAGAUUAUUUUUUGCAGUAUCUUAAAUUAAGAAAGAUAAUAUAUCGUUUCUUGCGUUUUAUAUUCUGCAAGAUCGUUAAGUGUAAAGUAGAAGUUAAAAGUUUAUGAAAUGACAUUUUUCAUUAAUAUUCAUUAUACAUAUUUUAUGACCCUAUGAAAGUCAUAUAUCUCAAAAAUUAAGAUGAGACUGAUAACGUUUGCAAAAUUGUUUGCUAUUGUCCAUGACACGUAAAAUUCAAUAUUUGUACAUGAUUUGAAAGUCGUGAAUAUAAAUCAUAAAAGAGAUUUUUUUAUAAAAUCACAAUCGACCAUGUAAAAUAUAUUUUCUACAUUAUAAUAUAUUAUAAGAGUAAUAUAUACGUGUAUCAACAAAAUCUCCUAUUAAAAUUAAUUUCAUCUAGAUAUAGUUAAUCAUUGUAUGAUCUGACUCGUUACUAUGGUAUCAAUGGGCAAUUUAGAGGUUACUCUGUUGAACCCAACUCUUCUUCAGAUUUAAAGAUAUUCACA